CUAGAUAGCUAAUUAUUUCUUCUAUCUCCCUCUCUAUAAAUGUAACCCUUUGCUUUCUAUGUAUCUCACCACUUAGAAAUAAACCAAAAAUAGUUGCAUUGCACAUAAAUUUACAGCGAUAAUAUCCCUUUUUUUUCAUUUAAUCAUGGCUGCACCACAUGAUAAUGAUCCUAGAAGCAAUAUAGUUUCAAUUUCAAGGGUUGUGUCUGUGCAUCCCAAACUUGUGCAACCUCAGAGGGUUUUGACCCUUUCAAAUUUGGAUAGGCAGUGUCCAAACCUCAUGCACUUGGUGUUCUUUUACAAUAACCUGUCUCACCAAACGUUGAAGGACUUGUCCCUCAAUUCAGUGUUUUCCAAGUUGAAAUCUGGUUUGGAAGAGACCUUGACUCUGUGGUAUCCAGGUGCAGGUAGGCUUAGGCCAAAUCAAAGUGAUGGCAAACUCAACCUGUGGUGCAACAACCAUGGUGCAGUUCUGGCAGAGGCUGAAACAUCUAUUAAAAUAUCACAACUUGGAAACCUUUCAGAGUACAAUGAAUUCUUUGAGAAUCUGGUUUAUAAGCCAGCUUUUGAUGGGAAUUUCUCAAAUAUGCCUCUGAUUGUUGCUCAGGUUACAAAAUUUGGUUGUGGAGGCUAUUCAAUUGGCAUUGGAACAAGCCACUCGUUAUUUGAUGGACCAGCAACCUAUGAAUUCUUGUCUGCAUGGGCUUCAAAUUCUGAAAUUGUGAAAGGAAGAAGCAGAUCUGAAGAGGUUCCAAAACCAGUGCAUGAGAGAGGGAUACUACUAAGUGGUGCUCUUAAUCAAGCCUCAAGAGGGACUAUAAAUUUCCCUUCAAACUCAUCAAGUUUAAGUGGUAUGAAAACAAGGGCCAUGGCAAUAGAUCACUUAUAUCAACUCAUAAUGCAAGCAGCUGCUAGUGGACAAAAGGGUUUUCCGAUGCAAAUUGGAGGAGCUUCUAAUCAAAAGAAGUGUGUUCUUAAAACCUACCAUCUUUCAGGUGCCAUGAUAGAAGACUUGAAAAGGAAACAUUUCCCCAUGCGAAGAGGUUCUCUUCCUUUCUCAACCUUUGAGGUUCUUGCGGCUCACCUUUGGAAGGCAAGAACCAAAGCCUUCCAGGCGACAAAAGAGAAGCUGGUGUGCCUCCAAUUCGCGGUGGACAUAAGGGCGAAGACGUCACCGCCACUGCCGAAACCCUUCACCGGAAACGCCUACGUGCUGGCCUCCAUCAUGAUGCCGGCGUCGGAACUGGAGCAUUCAAGCCACGAAGUGAUCAUCGAGAGAAUAAGAGAGGCGAAGAACAGCGUCAACAACGACUACGUCAAAGCCUACGUGGAGGCCCUAGACUCUCCGCCGCCGCCGCAGCCGCCGCAACAAGGUGGCAACCACUCUCUCCCUCCGCUCAACGACCUAACUGUGGUUUCCGAUUGGACCAGAAUGCCCUUCCACAACGUCACCUUCUUUCGCGCCAAACCCACCUAUGCUUGCCCUUUGCGCACUCCCAUGCCGCAGGUUGCGUACUUCAUGCAGAGCCCUCUUGAUGAUUCCGCCGUUGACGUCAGAAUCGGCUUUCACGCCGGAAACGAUGUUGUAAGUGCUUUUACUCGCUGCUUCUUGAGCGUCCAGUGAUGCAAAUUAACGCACUUCUAUGACUAUGGAUAUAUAUGUCAUUGUAAUAAUUGUGUUAUUCAGAAGAGAACGCUUCGGUUGUCUCGUGGAAAUUAAGAUUAAUAGCACAAGGCACAAGCUACUGUAUACACUAUACUGUUGUUUUUAGAAUAAAUCCUUACUUUAA